AUGACUGUAUUGCAAGUUUCGAAACGGCACCCUUCUUUCACAAUAGCUCCAUUUGCUCAAAAGCUCCCUCAUAGGCUUCUCGAAGAGAAGUUUAUUUCUCUCUUACAAUCAUGUAAGACCUUAAGACAUCUCUUCCAAAUCCAAACCCAAAUAUUCAUUCAUGGCUUUGACCUGAACCAAUACUUAACUCCAAGAUUUACGACUGCAUGUAUACAGCUGAAGCAAUUUGGUAUUGCACAGAAAUUGUUUGAUAGAAAUCCUGAACCAAACACAUCUCUAUGGAAUUCAGUGAUUAAGGGCUAUGCACAAAACGGGCUUCAUGAGAAAGUUAUAUCCUCGUUUAGUCAAAUGAAAAGCAUGGAUUUUUCAGCGCCCAAUUGUUAUACUUUCCCUGUUGUCCUUAAAUCUUGUUUGAAGUGUAAUGCUUUCAGAGAAGGCGAGGAGGUGCAUUGUGUCGUGAUAAAGAGUGGUUUUAAAGGAAACCCUUUUGUGGGAACUACGUUAAUCGAGAUGUAUUCUGGUUGGAGACUGAUAGGAGCAGCUUAUAGAGUGUUUAAUGAAAUGGUUGACAGGAAUAUUGUUGCUUGGACUGCAAUGAUUAAUGGGUUUAUCCUUUUUCACGAUUUAGUUAAGGCAAGACGUCUUUUCGAUUUGGCACCGGAGCGCGAUAUCGUGUUGUGGAAUACUAUUGUUUCAGGUUAUAUCGAGGUGGGGGAUAUGGUGGAAGCAAGGAAGCUUUUUGACCAGAUGCCAAAAAAGGAUGUUAUGUCAUGGAAUACAAUGUUGCAGGGCUACGCAAUUAAUGGUGAUGUUGAGGCUUGUGAGGGGUUGUUUGAAGAGAUUCCUGAGAGGAAUGUGUUCUCGUGGAAUGGUUUGAUCGGAGGGUAUGCAAGGAAUGGAUUUUUCUUGGAGGUUUUAGAUGCUUUCAAGAGGAUGUUAAUUGAAGAUGAUGUUCUUCCUAAUGAUGCCACACUUGUAACAGUGUUGUCUUCAUGUGCCAGGUUAGGAGCUUUGGAUAUGGGGAAAUGGGUUCAUAUAUACGCAGAAAAUAAUGGAUAUAAAGGAAAUGUUUAUGUUGGGAAUGCGUUAAUUGAUUUGUAUGCAAAAUGUGGGAUGAUAAAGAAUGCAGUUGAUGUGUUCAAGAGCAUGAGUAAGACGGAUUUGAUCAGUUGGAACACAAUAAUUGGGGGAUUAGCAAUGCAUGGCCGUGGAGCUGAUGCUUUAGAUCUCUUUUCUCAAAUGAAGAAUGGAGUCAUUCCAGAUGGAAUUACCUUCAUAGGUGUUUUGUGUGCCUGUACACAUAUGGGUUUACUCGAAGAUGGUUUUGCACAUUUCCAAUCAAUGGUUGAUGAUUACUCAAUUGAGCCUCAGAUUGAGCAUUAUGGAUGUAUGGUUGACCUUCUAGCCCGAGCUGGUCUUUUACCACAGGCUCUGGAUUUUGUGAGGAAGAUGCCUAUGGAAGCAGAUGCGGUUAUUUGGGCAGCCUUACUUGGAGCAUGCCGGGUUUACAAAAACGUCCAAGUUGCCGAGUUAGCUCUUGAACAGCUCAGUAAACUUGAGCCAAAGAAUCCUGCAAACUUUGUGAUGCUGGCAAACAUAUAUGGAGAUCUUGGUAGGUGGAAAGAUGUAGCAAGAUUAAAAGUUGCGAUGCGAGAUACUGGUUAUAAGAAAGUGCCUGGUUGUAGCUCGAUCGAGAUUAAUGACAGUGUAGUUGAGUUUUACUCCCUAGAUGAGAGGCGCCUCGAAACAAAGGAAAUAUAUGGAGCCUUGAGGGGAUUGAAUAGACUGUGUAGAUCAUGUGGAUAUGUAUCUGAUCUUCAAGAGCUAGGGCAUGUUUCAAGUGGCUGAGUUUUACUCACAGCCCCUUCAACCGGUGUCAU